AUGUUACAGUCGACACAUGUCAUCGACACUCGUUUGCUUCGAACUCUCGACUAUCUAAGUGACGACAUCUUUACUUGCCUUCAAGUUCGUCAGUGGUCUGCCUUAGGACUUACCGGACGCCCGGAAGCCAAGUUGCCUUCCAAGUUGUUGGCCAUUAUUCGUGCCCUACAUGAGAAUUCCAGCGCUGCAGUAAAGGCUUAUGAGAAGAUAUCAGACAAGUUUCCUGUCACUAAUGGUCUCUGUCAAGGCUGUGUGUUGGCACCUGCCUUAUUCAAUCUAUCCUUUGACGUUGCCAUUUACAUGGCUCUGGAUGAGUGCAGAUCACAAGGAAUGGGCAUAAAAGUAGCUUUCCUUCAUGAUGCUGAUCUUGUUAGGAACAGGAAGACCUUGAGGUUUGAAUCUUUGGUGACUGAUCUGGAGUAUGUCGACGAUAUGGCUCUUCUCUCUGACAAUUGGCUUGACCUCACCACAAUGCUGGACUCUAUUAAACUGCUAGUUGUUAAAGACAAUUGUAUGUCUGAUUGGCAUUGGGUGUGUGAUAUUGCCAGACGGCAGAUCUGUAGCUCAGUGCAGCCAAGUGUGUUUCAACACAGAGUGUCAGCAGCCAGAUCUAUGGUGCAACGGUUUGAUUUGCAAGACAAAUUAAAGUACCACCAAGGCUGUGUCAAUUCACUGCAUUUUAAUGAGAACGGGACAUUACUGGCAAGUGGCAGCGACGAUCUGAAAGUUGUACUAUGGGAUUGGCAGAAAAAAAAGCCAAUUGUCAAUUAUGAAAGCGAUCACUUUGCUAAUGUAUUUCAGGCCAAAUUUAUGCCUUUAUGCUGUGACAGAGUCAUUGUCAGUGCAGCAAGAGAUGGGCAGAUUUUCAAAGCUGUCUUGUCUUGUGAUGGUGAACUAAGAGAAAACAAAAGAGUUGCAAGUCAUCGUGGUGCUGCUCACAAGUUGGCUUUACUUCCUGGUGAUCCACAUGUUUUUCUUUCAUGUGGUGAGGAUGCAGUAGUAUAUGAGAUAGACCUUCGAGAAGAUCAACCACACAGGCACCUCGCAUUGUGGACACAGACACGAUUUUUUGAUAAAGGUCUUAUAAUGAAACUUGCCAUCAUGUUGGAUGAUGAUCACAAUGGAGUGUGUAGCAAAUCCAAGAAGCCAAGACACAUUGAGUACGUCAGAGAGCGUAGGGAUGGAAACUUAUCCCACUGUGAUAAAGUUGACUCAAGCUCCAGUCCGACCAGGUCUCCAGAUGUUAUGGCUGAUCACCCUGAAACUGAUCCUUCUUCACAAUCUCACUCCAAGGAUUUUUCACCUUGCAUUAAGCCUCAGAAAUUUCUUAAUAUGCUAGUUGUAGGACUUGUUACCAUUAGAAGUGAUGAGAAGCAUCAUCGUAAAGUGGCUCUGUACACUAUAUUUAGCAAUCCUGGGAAUGUGUUUGAAUUUGCGACAGCAGGACGGGAUCAAUACACAAGGAUAUUUGACAGACGAAAAAUGGCUGUGGAUAAUGAAGCAACUAAACCACUUAAAGUGUUUUGUCCUCAUCAUUUGGAUGGUGGAAAUCAUACAGAAAAUAUAACAUGUUUGGUGUAUUCAUAUGAUGGGCGAGAAUUAUUGUGCAGCUACAAUGAUGAGGACAUUUAUCUGUUUGAUUCGAGUCACAGCAGUGGUGCUGAACAUAUUAAGAAAUACAAGGGUCACAGGAACAAUGCAACAGGUCAGAGUUGAUGUAUUGUUUGAGCAGAGUAAUUCAAAAUCUUUUGAUCAAGUAGCUGCAAAGAUGGUCAAAUGACUGCAUAAAUCUUCCAGCCUGUUUCAAUGUUCUGUUGUUAACACAUUUUGAUAAACCAGAUGUUAUUAAAACAUUUGCAGUUCAUUUUUCCCAUUGCUAUGAAUG